CUAGACGAACCUCCCUUCGUUUCUGUUUCCCACUUUGCUACGCUGCCUAAACCCCUACUCCGAGUUCGUACCGAAUCAACUCACCACCGUAGCAAUGGCGGACGUGGUACAGUACCGUCUGGAGCGCAUGACGAACGAGCUCGAUGACCUCGAGCGCCGCGGCCUUUUCACCCGCCGAGAGAUCGCCGAGAUUGUCAAGCAGCGCCGCAAGUUCGAGUACCGCCUCAAGCGCCCCUCUCCUCUCAAGCAGGACUUUAUUGCCUACAUUGAUUAUGAGUCUCGGCUUGAUGAUCUCCGACGCCUCCGCAAGAAGGCAGCUGCUCGUGAGCUCGAACGCGAAGGCAAGAAGAGGAUUAAGAUGAAAAAUUCCAUUUCUGAUUAUGCAGCGAUUACGAGGAUUGUGGAGAUAUAUAGGCUCGCGGUGAUGAGGUAUAAAGGAGAUAUUGAGUUGUGGUUUAGAUAUCUUGAGUUCUGUAGACAAAAGAGGAAUGGAAGAAUGAAGAAGGUCCUGGCUCAAGUGAUUAGGUUUCAUCCCAAGGUCCCGGGUGUUUGGAUUUAUGCAGCAGCUUGGGAAUUUGACCAUAAUUUGAAUGUUGCAGCUGCCCGAGCUCUAAUGCAAAGUGGUUUGAGAAUGUGCCCAGGUUCAGAAGAUCUUUGGGUAGAGUAUCUUCGAAUGGAGCUCACAUACCUUAACAAGCUAAAAGCUCGUAAGGUUGCUCUUGGUGAGGAUAAGGGAACUCUGGUUCGAGAUCGAAAGGAUACAGUUGAAAAUCAAUGGAGAGAGGAAAAUGAAGAUUUAUUCAUGUCCCUUGAUGAAGAAAGGGGAAAUAAUGAUGGAACAAAUGAAGAGACUGAGAAGAAUGUGGAUUUGUUUUCAGAGCAUGGUUCAAGCAUACUACAAACCAUAUAUUGGGGAGCAGUUAAGGCACUUCCUUCAAGUUUUAGCCUCAGGAAGCAGUUUCUUGAGAUAUUGGAAGCAAUAGAGUUGGCACAUUCAGAUGAUUUGCGCAAUGAGAUAUUGAGUGAUAUGAAGAGAGACUUUUCAGCAGAUCCAGGAUAUUGGGAGUGGCUUGCAAGACUUGAAAUGCCUGAUCCAAUAUCUACAGGGGUGAGCGGAGAAGAUUCAAACCCUCCUCAAUUUGAACAAGCAGUUCAGGUUUAUGAAGAGGCUAUAGAAACUGUGCCUUCAGCCAUGAUGUUUACUUUGUAUACAAAAUUUUUGAUGGAUGUUAUUGCUACAGAGAAGGGAGCAACUGAAGCUUCUAGUGUAUCGAAUCAUAUCUCAACUUGCAUUUCCCAAAUCUUGACAGCGUAUGAAAAGGCUGAGUCAAUGGAAUGCCUUUCAGAAGAACUUGCUUACAAUUAUAUUUCGUUUUAUGUGCAAAUUGGAAGAUUAGAUGAAGCCCAGAAACUGGCAGAAAAUCUUUGCAGUGGAAAUUUCUCAGGGUCAGUUCGCUUAUGGGUUUUAAGGGUCUCAUUGAAAGUAAGGUCUGCUACCAGGAAUUCUCUCUCUAUCAACAAGGAUGAGAAUCAAUCCAUCUUUGAACUUCUGAAAGGUGUUUUGACGAAAGUGCCAAUAGCAGAAGCUGAGAGCUUGUGGCUUAUGGCUCUCAAAUUGUUUUCAAACCAAAAGAAGUAUUUUGAGAAGCUGGUCGAGAUUUCUCUCAUAUCAGUGGCUAAAUUUGGUGGCAGUGAAAAUGGAUUUUCACUCCCUUCAACCAUUGUUAAUUUUGUUAUUCAAAAGGAUGGACUUCAACAUGCCAGGGAUACUUACAAACGAUUUCUUGCUCUGCCCCAUCCAGGACUUGCUCUGUAUAGAGACUGUAUUGAAUUAGAGUCUAACCAUGCAUCUCUUGGUGACAAAGAUUCUCUUGUAAAUGCCAGAAAGUUAUACGAAGCUGCACUUUCCACAUAUAACCAAAAUGCAAGCUUGUGGAAAGAUUACUAUUCCAUGGAAAUGAAGUUUGGUACGUCUGGCACUGUCGCUGCUGUUUCCUGGCGGGCAAGGAAGACGCUGAAAGACUCUGCUAUUGUAUUUGAUUCAACAAAUCUAUAAUUCCUGUGUUACACAUCCAAUUUUGACCUUGUAAUACUGCCAAUUUGUUAUUUAUUUCUUUUCUUUCCUUCGAGAGGAAAUUUCCAGUGCCUUGUAUUGAUCUAUUUGAAUGGUUUAACAGCGAAAAAAUGAGAAAUACAAAUUGCUAAAUUUA